AAGAAAAUAACAAAUUGUUGUAGAAGCACCUUUAUACUUAGGUUAUAAUCUUAUAAUUCGUGUCAUGACAAAAACUGAUUCACCCCAUACAAUGUAAAUUAUUGAAUAAAAAAGAAUAGUAUUUUCAAAUACAAGUACAAAAAUUAAAUAAGGUUUUUAUAAAACUAGACAUAUUAAACUGUAAAAGAUUAUCAAUAAUUAUUUUACUCUAGUGGGGUUUAAUGAUGUUUAAAAGUGAACUAAAUAGUCCUUAACCGGUUACGCCCUUUACCAAUUACUUUAUUCAAAUGUAAUUUCUCUUUACAUUAUAUGAAAAUUAUUUUUAUCUAAAUACAAAUUAAGAACCUUAUCUUCUAUUUAAAUGCUAUUGGAGAUUUGUUAAAAUGGACAGUAAAGGUCGAAAAGUCAUUGUUUGCGACAAUGGAACAGGGUUUGUAAAAUGUGGAUAUGCAGGUGCAAAUUUCCCAGCUCACAUAUUUCCUUCAAUAGUAGGGCGACCAAUUAUUAGGGCCACUAAUAAAAUCGGUGAUAUUGAUGUAAAGCAAGAUCAUAGCAUUCAUGAUGUGCUUAACAUGUCUGAUUUAAUGGUUGGUGAUGAGGCAAGUAAACUUCGAUCAAUGUUAGAAAUCAGUUACCCGAUGCAAAAUGGCAUCGUUAGAAAUUGGGAAGACAUGUGCCAUGUUUGGGAUUACACGUUCGGAAAAGAAAAAAUGAAUAUCAAUCCCAGGGAGUGUAAAAUUCUACUUACUGAACCGCCGAUGAAUCCUACUACUAAUCGAGAAAAGAUGAUUGAAGUGAUGUUUGAAAAAUACGGCUUUGCUGGAACGUACAUUGCUAUUCAAGCUGUGCUAACAUUAUAUGCUCAAGGAUUAAUUAGCGGAGUUGUAGUAGAUUCAGGAGACGGUGUAACUCAUAUAUGUCCUGUCUAUGAAGAAUAUGCUUUACCUCAUUUAACAAGAAGAUUGGACAUAGCAGGACGGGAUAUCACAAUGUACCUUAUUAAAUUGUUGCUUUUGCGUGGUUAUGCGUUUAAUCAUUCUGCUGAUUUUGAAACAGUGAGAAUGAUGAAGGAGAAAUUAUGUUACAUAAGUUAUAAUCUGGAAACAGAAGAGAAACUAGCGCUUGAAACGACAGUUUUGGUUGAAUCAUAUACACUGCCUGAUGGUAGAGUUAUAAAAGUUGGCGGAGAAAGAUUUGCUGCCCCAGAAGCACUUUUUCAACCACAUCUUAUAAACGUUGAGGCACAGGGUAUUGCUGAACUUGUUUUUAGUACAAUUCAAGCAGCAGAUAUAGAUAUGCGGAGUGAAUUGUAUAAGCAUAUAGUCUUAAGUGGAGGAAGCACCAUGUAUCCUGGUUUACCAUCUAGGCUUGAACGUGAAAUAAAACAACUUUAUCUUGAGCGUGUAUUGAAAAAUGAUACAUCGACACUUAAUAAAUUCAAGAUUAAGAUUGAGGAUUCUCCCAGAAGAAAGGAUAUGGUAUUCAUGGGCGGAGCAGUAUUAGCAGAAAUAACUAAAGAUCGCGAUGCCGUUUGGAUGCUUCGAGAGGAAUAUGAAGAAAAGGGGUUGAAUGUUUUAAAAAAAUUAGGAUGCUACGAAUCUUAAUAAAUUUAAAGAAAAUAAUAUUCUUUAUAAAUUAAUUUGUAACAAUUCAUAAAAACACUUAAUCAUCAUUUAUUGAUAAAUUAUAUAACAAACAAUAUGAAGAACGUUGUAAAAGUCACAAGUGAAAAGAUGUGAUUAUAAUUUUUUUGAAAUUUUAUAAUCCUUAUAACAAACAAAGAUGAGAAAGAAAAGAAAACGGCAAUUGCCUCUGUGCAAAAUUAAUUACAUAGAAAAUAAAUAUAUUAGUAUAUAAGGGAAGUGAUCAAAUUCAGCAUUUAAAUUACAUAGUAUUUACAUUAAUUUUUUGUAAUAAAUAUGAACUGGAUGAAUUAGUUUAUAUUAAAAAUGAUUAUAACUUAAGAAAAAUAUUCGAUUAGAACAUAUUUUCAUCCUUACGAUACCAAGGCACAAUAUUUUAUUUCACAAAGAAUUUAAUGCAUAAAAUUUUUAAUUUUAAGUUAAAAAAUCUGUUAAAAAUUGUACACGCGCGUAUUUUUACACGCAUUCUAAAAAAGUUGAUUGUUAAAAUUUUAACAGUCUGUUAUCAAUCCAGUUUUAAAUGUUCAACUUUAUUAUAAUCUUUGUAUUUUUUAAAUUUAAUAAUAGUAAAUGCAAAAAUUAAA